UCAGCAUCUCUUUGGUAACCCGAGUCUUAAGGUUUUCGUUGCGCCCGUCUCCGUUCGCACCCACGAGUCGCUACGAAGACUCUUCACACCGUUUUCCCUACCCUUUCUGUCACUAUAAAAUUGUCGCACUAUCGCAUUAUGCUGUGAAAACAGCACGGUUAAAGUCAUGUUUAUGACGUGUCCGAUACCACACGAUAUCAUCUGACGGCGAUCCGACUUCUACUACCUGAAUUGCCUGUUUCUCUUUCGAGCCGAACACCGCGAGGUUGUUCUCCAAGAUGCCGAUCGGAGACCUCCUCGCUGAAAUUUCCGGGGAGAAGUCCUCUCCGGCCCCCUCUAACCUGAAGAUAUCGACUUCAGCUGGCAUCAAGCGCAAAGCCGAUAACGACCCGAAUGGGAUUCCGAAUGGAAUCCCGAACAAGGUCUCCAAGAUUCGACAAGCGAACGGAUCAUACGCAACUAGCUCAGUCGCCCGAAAUACUGAUGGAGAUGCCAAGCAGUCUCUUUCUGCAUCUCGAAAUGCCCUAUCGAUCAAGCCAACGACUCCCUCCAGCCGCAUAACAGCCACAGCGAAGCCUUCCUCGUCCACAGCCAGUAAUCAACGCCCUGCGGCUACGUCUUCCUCGAGCUCUGACAGUCGACCAUACACGGGCACCGCUACUCCUGGUCGUCUGAAUGGCAGGCCAUCUCCACUCCCCAGCACUACAUUAAAAGGCGAUAAGCCGGCACUAGCUGCGCGCCCCAAACCCAACUCUUCUGUGCCCUCAGCGAAACCGUCUCCAACGACCCCUACUCUCUUGGAUCCGUCCAAGGCGCCGAAGAAGGGGUCAUUUGCUGAAAUCAUGGCGCGUGGCGCGAAGGCUCAGCAGAUAAUGCCCAAGGCUGGGGUUAUUCAGCACAAGCCCGUUCCAAAACUUACUCACAAACAACGCAACGAGAGGAUCAAGGGCAAAUUGGGGAGUAGCACCGGCAAAGCUAGAUCAGCCACGGGACAGGGGAGCAAGGGGCCUCGCCCGUCGACUGCCUCACGCGAUGGUCCUAAAAAUGGCAUGUCAAAGGACUCGAAAGCGAAUGGAAGAAGCCGGCCCAACUCUUCUGGUAGUGAUGCUCCCGAGAAGAAGCUCAAGAAAGCUGCCUUAGCCACCACAGGCUAUACGGGAACUGCGCGACCCCCGCCAGCUUCGAGUGCUGCCAAAAAGUCGUCUGCAUCACGAAACAGCCAGUUUUCGGCCUCGUCGCGAACUGCUGGUGGACUUCUUGCUCCGCCCAAGGCGAAAAGUCGUGGUCGCUUCGAGGAAGAGUACGACGAUGAACUGGAUGAUUUCAUCGUGGAUGAUGAGGAUCAUGACGAUGGGCCACAACCUGGGGGGUACAGUCGAGAAUAUGACUACGCCUCCGAUGCUUCCAGUGAUAUGGAAGCUGGUCUUAGCGAUAUCGACGUCGAAGAACGGAAGGCGGAAUACAUAGCUCGUGAAGAGGACCGACGGGAGAAGGCGCUCGAGGAGAAGCUGAAGCGCGAAAAGGAAGAGAGGAAACGACGCCUGGGUAUUCCCUAAUUUGCCUCCCAACCAAGUCAUUACAUCGACAUGGUAGAGUGUUGGAUCCUGUAUGCUGGCAUUCACAGUUUGACUCGGGAAUAUUUUCCUAAUUGGAGUUUACAUGGUCUACAGUCUGGAGAGAGGACUUGCAUAUGAAAGGCGUUUUCUGAGUUUACCUGACAAGGAAAUCAGCAUGAUGGUUGGCCAAGGCGUUCAAGUCUGCACGCUAGUAGCAAGCGACGCGGUUAUUUGGUUUAUAGAUGACGCAUUUGGACUGUAAUUACUCGAGAAUACAGUAUAUUGAUCUGCUCA